CAAAGUCAGCCCAAUUCCCUUUGCUCGGGUCCUUAUCCAGCAUACCUGGAAGCUACAGAGAUAGAGAGAGGAACAGAACAAACAAACGCGCUCAUCCACAACAUAGAUAAGUAUAAUACAUAUUACUUAUAUUAAAUAUGAACAUUGACACAAGUGUGAAAUGUAUGUACUAAGACAGAGAAGUUAACUUGUGUGUCGACCCACAUUGUUACCUUAUCUGAUAAUGGAGCAGGGAGGAGUGAUGAAUGUAUGCGUGCGUGCGUCAUAGAACCAAAUGCUGCCCGUGGCCAGUGACGGACUUCUAAGUUACAGGCUAAUUGGUAUUUCAGAUCAAAGGAUUAAUAUGAGGCAAAUAUAUAGCUGUUGUUUCUGGGUUAGAAAAUAUCCUAAAACAGUUUGCUGUCUAAAUAUUUGCCUGUCAUAUUCAUCUUCUGAUCUGAAAUACAAAUCCCAUGAGUAAACAGCAAGAAUUACCAACUUUACCACACUGUUCCACUAUUUAUGCCACUAAGUACACUUUACAAGCAGUAUUUAGUUAACAUAAAUCUCACGUUUUAUGGUGUUAUAUUAUGUAAUGCUUGUAUGUGUUGUUUUUCUCUUCCCCUCCAGAGUUGGAGUCAAUUUAGCAGACAAGCUCACAGGAAGGACAGGAAGAGGAGUUGUCUACUUUUUGUUUUGACCUUCUCCUCCAAUGGGAUUUUCCAACUGUCCUUAUUCCACUUACUAUGUCAUUGUUAGUAGUUUCUCAAUACUUAGGACAGCAAUUCAUUAUUAGUUGUACAUAGAUUUCAAGAAAAUUGACGGAAUUGAAACUGACACACAGGAGAAUUCAGAUGCUCUUGUUUUUCUUUUACAAGACUAAAGGUGAAAUGUGUGUUUACCUGUAUUGUGGCUACACAUUCACUUUUAGUUUUUUCAGACACACAUGUCUCCUCCACUCCUUUCUGAACCUCAGAUCUCCAGUGCCCUGCCCUCUCUCUCUUUAUGGCCAUGUCUGAAGUUCCCCUACUAUGUCUAGGCUUUAUGAGUAGUCCCUGAAUCUGUCUGCAGUUGUGCCAAAAAUACAUGCUCUUGUUGUUCUCUUACAGAUUAUAGGCUACACAUAAUUUUUUGUAUUUUUACAUGCACACACCUUUACUCCCAAAUUUCACUUAAAUAUAACUUCCAAAUGAAAAGAGACAAGGAGAUGUAAAAUAAUUUGGGGGAAAAUGCUAUUUUAUGGUUCUUAAAAUAACCUUAGUGUUAGGGGGUUCUAAAAAGAGCUGUUUCACUCCACGGCAUACUGCCAUGGGAAUUCACCUGCUGGGGAUGACAAGUAGGUGGUCAUCUGAAGUGCCUGUCUGGGGGCAUGUUGGCACCUGCCCUGGUGACAUCAGGUAGGUGACCAUUUGGCGUGCCUGUCUCCAUCUGGAACGGCUCCUGGAAUGACCUCCGCAGGUAGUUGUGGAGAACAUAUGUGGCCUUCACGCAGGCAUUGAUAUUUGAGGGGCUGAGACCAAGCACUCUCCGAUACAUUCUCCACCGGGCUGCCAGAAUCCCAAAGGCGCAUUUAACAACUAACCUUGCCCUGGAUAAUUGUUUGUUAAAGAUCCUUACAGGCUUUGGCAAUGGCAGCUGGCGUCCUGUCUCAUGAGGUUGGGUCUCAAGGGAAGGCCUUGUCACCGACGAGGGAGUGGAAUCUCCAAUGUGCCAUCCUGAAGUGCGUGGCCAAAGGCAGAGUCCCACCAUCACUUCCCCUGAUCUAUGAGAGCUUUACCAGGUAUCUGGUGGAGCAUAAAGACUAUGACAAGGACCUUCUCACACUGACCCCUGCUACCUGGGAUUUCUGUUUCAAGGGCUUAGUGGUAGACCUUGAGGAUGGAAACUUGGUUAAAUUGGCGGAAGAUGGAACUGUCUUACGAGCAACCCAUGGGACCAAUAACCUCAGAACAGAAGAGAUCAUUAAACAUUACGGUCCAAAAAGGGAAUGGAAGCACUUUAAUAGCCUCAAUACCACAUUUACGAGAUCUACAAAGUACUAUUUUUAUGACAACUAUUUCGAUCUACCUGGGGCUCUUCUCUGUGGAAGAGUUGUGGAUAUGUUGCGCAAGCGUGGGAAUGAGGUGAAUUCAGACUUUUGGAAAGACAUGGUCGCUGCCAUCGACCACAAUUACAACACAUCAGCAUUUAAAGAGGAUGCUGGGUGGUACUUUCCCAGUGUGAAGAGGGACCCUGGUCGUUACCUGCAGCCCUGCUCUGAGUCUGUCAAGACCUGGCUGAGGAGCAUGAAGAGUGCAGGGAAGGUCCUCCUGCUCAUCACCAGCUCCCACAGCGACUACUGCAGGCUCAUCUGUGACCAAAUCCUGGGGAAGGACUGGGAGGAGCUGUUUGACAUCAUCAUCACCAACGCCUUGAAGCCUGGGUUCUUCUCACUGGUGCCCCAACAGAGGCCCUUCAGGACCCUGGUGAAUGAUGUGGAGGAGAGCGAAGGGCUACCAUCCCUGGACAAGCCUGGCUGGUACUCUCAAGGCAACUGGCCCCACCUCCACCAGCUGCUCAAGACCAUGACUGGCAAUCCUGAGCCCAAGGUGGUGUACUUUGGGGAUAGCAUGCGGUCGGACAUGUUCCCUGCUAACAUGUUUGGGAAGUGGGAGACUGUGAUGAUCGUGGAGGAAAUGGAGGGAGAGGGCGUCCCGAGGAGCGACGCAGCAGAGACCUACGAGGCCCAAGUGGAGCCUCAGGAGAAGAAGGGAAAGUUUGAGGACCAGGGCAUGAAGGCGCCCUCUGCUCCAUCCGAACAGUGGGGAUCCUACUUUGUGGACACACACAAGACUCCUGGAGGGGAUGAGGAGAGCCAGAAACUCACCUGGUGCUGCCAUAGCAUCCACAAAUACAGCACAAUGGCCAUCCCCAGUGUGGAGUCUAUUGCAGAUCUCCCUCUGGACUACAAGUUCCCCAGGUUCUCUCCCAACAAACCCUGCACCACCGGCUACUACCCCAGACCCCCAGAUUCCCUGCUGAAGAAAUGCCAGAGUCAGUCGUCUUAAAGAGUCCUUCUUCCCAGAGUCGCCCCCCCCUUAACCUCCUCAGCCUAAUGGGGAGGAAUGUGCCUCCAUCUCACCUGUAGUUCCACACCUGAACCACGCCAAUCAUCCCUAGAGCACAGGAAAUCACGCUCACAUUGAUAGAAACCAUGGGAAUGUAAAAGCACAGUAUCGCUCUGUAAGUAACUUGGCUACAUUUGAACAUUGUUCUGUACGUGGAUUAUUGUACGUGUGUGUGGAAAAUGUGACUUGCCAAUUGUGUAGGUAUCUGUCAGCAUACAGUGCUGAUUAAAGCACAUUCAUAUUGUUUUAUGUGAAGACCACUUUUUUUUAUGUAGAUAGAUAGGUAUUGGUGUUCCAGUUGAACCCCCUAUACUGUAAGUGCAUCAUUCAAUGUAACUCUUUAGAGUAGUAACAGACCUUUCAAGCCCCACAAAUAAUGUCCUACAUUUUGUUUUUGUGUGUCCUUACCUCAAAUCUGAUCUGAAAUGCAACGUUGAACAGUCCCAGCAGUGCUUGUCUCCCGAGAGAAAUUCAGAAUAAUCCAUUAUGCCUGGUAUUAGUGUGUGUAUAAUACAUAAUAAACAGACAUUUUGGUUUUGUUUCGCUGUAUGCAUUUGAAUAACAGUACAUUUAGAUGCCCUUAAAAGGUAAAGCAUUUCCCCUGUAUUGAUUUUGUGUACGGUGUGUAAGAGCAUUGUUCUUGAAGAAAUGGCACAAUCUGUCCUUGGUGUUACCUUUCUGUGGAAAAAAAUGUAAUAAUAAAGGAAAACUAUAAUACUGGGUGGUUAAUACUAUGCUCUGUGUACUCUAUGUAUUAUCUUGGUGCAGCAGUAAACUAUAGUGCUGUUGGGGUGACUGUAAAAGUAUGGAAUACUUAGGCUUCAUAUGCAGUACCAAUUUGAAUAUAUGCUUUAACUGACUCCUGAAUCUCCUGAAUGGUUACAUGUGUUGGUGGACUGCAUAUAGACUAGUUGUAUUAUAUUGAUAAGAAACAAAGUCUGAAUAUGCUUUUAAGAGUAUUUUGAUAGUAAGUACUGUAUUAGUUGGUAAGAGAGGACAGGAGACUUUAAUUGGGAAGCCAAAGUGGGUUAUUAUUUAUGUUAUAAAUGUGUGUGUUGGCGUUAAACACAAUGCAGCUUUAGUGAUCCAUUGACUUUUUUUCAUGUGAUUUGCAAACUUUUAUAAGCCCAUUUGCCUUAUGUUCAAUUCAUUAGUGCUCUUGUGUUCUAGAGAAGAUACAGGGAAAGUGUUUAAUGUACUGUCUAUGAAAUAAAUAAAAAAAAGUUCUACAAUUUUGUUACACUGCC